CCCCCCAAACCCUUCAUUGCUAUGCUAAGAAGCCCAAGGAGCCCAGCAGAGUCACGAUUCUCAUGAGAGGGUCCCAGCUUCUCCCUUUCAGCCAUGCCUGCAAGGCACCAGAAACAGAGCGGAGGGAGCAUCCCAGAAAGCGCCACACUCCCGUCACCCCAGAGGAGCCCCCGCCGGCACCAUGAACAUCUUCCGCAUCCUGGGGGAUAUCUCCCACUUGCUGGCCAUCAUUAUUCUCCUGCUGAAGAUCCUGAAAUCCAAGUCCUGUGCCGGAAUCUCUGGGAAGAGUCAGAUUCUUUUUGCCCUUGUCUUCACAACCCGCUAUCUGGACCUGUUCACAAACUUCAUCUCUGUCUAUAACACUGUGAUGAAGGUCAUUUUUUUGAUAUGUGCCUACGUCACCGUGUACAUGAUCUAUGUGAAAUUCCGGAAAACAUUUGACAGCGAGAAUGACUCUUUUCGCCUUGAGUUCCUGCUGGUCCCUGUCACAGGCCUGUCAUUUCUGGAGAACCACAGCUUCACCCCCUUGGAGAUACUCUGGACCUUCUCCAUCUACCUGGAGUCCGUGGCUAUCCUUCCUCAGCUCUUCAUGAUCAGCAAGACAGGGGAAGCAGAGACCAUCACGACACACUACCUUUUCUUCCUGGGCCUCUACCGUGCUCUCUACAUUGCCAACUGGGUCUGGCGCUACCACACGGAGAACUUCUAUGACCAGAUCGCUGUAGUUUCUGGGGUGGUACAAACCAUCUUCUACUGUGACUUCUUCUAUCUCUACGUCACCAAAGUCCUAAAGGGAAAGAAGCUAAGCCUCCCCAUGCCUGUUUGAAGAUAUUCCACAGACAACGCAAGGAAUUCUGAAGACGAAGCUUUUUAAGAUCACAGCUUUCCUUCCCUGGCCCUUUUUGACUAAUGGAUGGCUCAGCCAACUUUCAACCCGGUGCUAGGAAGAUGAGGCUUGGAAAGCUGAAAUGCUUUUCAUCCACAAGACUCUUCCCCUCCAUGUUUUUAUUUCUUCUCACAUGAAUUUGGUGCUAGUCUAAGUAAUGCUGGCCAAUACUGAAGUAGUGCAAAUUAUUCUCUCCUGGCUCUUCCCAGCAUCUACCUCCAAAACACACCUCUACCUUGAACAUGAGGCAGCACAAGGAGUAUAAGGGAAUUUGUCAUUCCCUUUAGUCCUUUGGCAAGUCCCCAUGGUAAAGGGACCAUGGUACUAUUAAGUCUGAUAGCAUAGACAAAAGCCACUGACCUAUUUACAGGUGGCCACAUCUGACACAGGAGAUGCUACAACCUCUUACUGUAACUCCGUAUGAACUAACACCUUCUUCUAAAUUAACUCUGCUUGACUGUCUCCCUAUUCACGUCCUGCAACAUUCAAGAAAAACACAUUCCCUUUGAAUGACAUGAAUCUUCCAGUUCCACAAGUAUUCAAACAUCCUCCCCGCUCACUCACUUUCAGUUCCUCAUAUCCUACAGAUGGGGACGAUUUCAAUUAAAAUUCAGUGGGCUGCCAAGAGGUGUUUCCAUCUCCUUGAAUUUGACUUUAAGAACUGGGAAGAACAGGGGCAAAGAUGGGUUUACAUUUCACAAAUAAA